GAGUUUAAUUAAUAACUUAAGUAUAAUAUACUUCUUAAAGGUUUCAGAAUUUUGGAGACUAGGCUAUACUGUUUCUCUUCUACACAGGCAACGAGGGAGACUGCGGGGAACUGACCUGUGUAAAGGUGACCUUUUUAAUUUAAGCGAAGAACUAUUUCAAUUAGAAUUUUGAAAACAAAAUCUUUGCGUGACGGAAGUUGGAGUGUUUAGCGCAAUGGUUACCAAAGUUGGAUCUACCGCCCCUCUGUGAGUGGUGAGUAAAUCAAGAAAAGCGAAAAGAAGCAAGUGGGAGCAGGACAUAGGGUAUUGAACGGUGACCGCAGAUUAUCACGUGAGCUGGUGACGUGUCACCACUGGAGUGUCUUCCGUUAACCUUGACAGUGCACCCCUUGUUACUGCUACAACGGGAACAAGAGCAGUGAGUUUACUCGUCUUUCUUUGUUACUUGCUUCAAAUUUCGAAUGAACAUUAAUUAAUUACAAGACUGUUGAUUAUACCGAUAAAAUGAAGAUAAAAAUAGACUUAAAAACAGAACAUUCAGACUUUACAAUUGAACGAAACGAUCGAAAAUUUGAAGUUGAUUUAAAGAAUUUCAAGAAAGAAUUUAAUACAGAUGUGAAGUGUUAUAAGACAAUUAAAAAGGAACCUUUAGAGGUAAAUACUUAUGAAAAUUCUAUUUCAAUCAAUAACACAAACGGCUCGAAUGUUUGGAAUAAUUCUUGUUAUAAUAGUGAAACAGAUUGUAAGAAAGAGGAAAUAAAAGAAGAGAAUUAUAAUACCAAAUAUAUAAAAUCAGAAUGUAAAGUUGUUCUGAAAAGGUUGAAUUUUAAAGUGAAGACUGAAGAUUGUAAACAAGUUUAUCUUCCAGUCCAAUACGUAGACUCGAAGGCAUUCAAGAACGAAUCCUUCAUUCCCGAUAGAAAUUUUAACAGGAAUGACACGAACGUACGAAUUAAGGAGGAAGAAGAAAGUAAAGAAUACGAUAUUCAACAUAACUCGAAAGCACAAAAGCAGAAUAAGUGUAAUAGAAAGAAGACGAAAUUCGUUCUUUCAAUUAGAAAAUACAACAAAAUCCAAAGAGAUAUUAAAAGGAAAUAUCUCAGAGUAACGCGUUCAUCUCAUUGUAAACAAAAUCACAAAUGUGAUUUAUGUAAACAGACUUUUGUAAACAAGGAAAUACUACAAGCGCAUUUGAACUUUCAUAUCGGAAAAAAACCAUUUUGCUGCACAACUUGCAAUCAGAAAUUUUCCUGGCAAUUUCUAUUGAGAAGACACAGGAAAGAACACAACAGUGAAAAACAAAGCGAAAUUGAUCAUUGUAAACUUCGUUUGCCAUCAUCAUCAUCAAAUGAACGUAAAGUAUCUAAGAGCAAACACUUUCGAUGUGACAUCUGCGAUAAGCUACUUAUAUCAAAGGGCAAUUUAGAGAGGCAUAACAAAACACAUCACCAAGUAUCUCAUUGUUGUAAGAUAUGUAAAAAAAACUUUCAAACUAAAUCAAAACUGAGAAAACACCAACGUACUCAUAGUGUAGAUCGACCUUUCAAAUGCGAUGUAUGUGAAAAGGGCUUUAGAACAAAUGGCCAGUUAAAAAGUCAUCGUAAAACUCACAGUGAUCAAUAUAAGUAUUCUUGCCAGGUUUGUAACAAAAGUUUUAAAACAAAACGCUCUUUGACAGUUCAUAAAAUGAUUCAUAAUAAAGACUUAAAUCAUUCUUGUCAGAUAUGUAACAAGUAUUUUAAAACAGAACGCUAUUUGAGAAAGCAUGCAAGAACCCACGAAGAUAAACGUGAUAAAUAUUUUUGUGACAUAUGUAAAACAGGAUUUACAUGCAAAAGUAGUGUUGACAGACAUCGCAUUGCUCAACAUCAGAAUAUGUUUGUUUGCUGUUAUUGUAGUAGGUCAUUCGAAACUAAAAAUAUGCUAAAAACUCAUCAGAAAAUCCAUAUUCAAAAAUGUAAUAUCUGUAAAAAGGAGUUAGCGUCUAAAUACGCUUUAAACGUUCAUCAAAGAAUUCAUUUUGACAUAAAACCGUUUGUUUGUGAGGUGUGUAACAGACGUUUCAUAUCAAGUUUUCGGUUGAAACGUCACCAAAGUUUUCACAAUAAAGACAAUCUUCGUUUCGUCUGUGAGGUAUGUAAGAAACGUUUUUACGAUAAAUCACACUUGAUUCAGCACCAACCUGUUCAUCAUAAAAAACAUCUUUGCCUCCAUUGUAAAAGCAGAUUUAGAACAAAAGCUAAACUGAAAUUGCAUAUACAAUUUUGUGCAGAAAUACACUCCCAACAAUUAGCUUAACAAUGUAAUAUCUGUAAUAAUGUAAACAGACUUAGAAAUAGUUUUGCUUUAGAGCAGCAUCUACUCGCUUACAAGGAUCAAAUACACUUCUGUUGUGACGUUUGUAAGAUGAAAUUUACGUAAAAAGUCGAAUUCCAAACUCAUAAAAAGACUGCUCAUCCACCAGGAGGAAUGUAUAAAUGCAAAAUUUGCUAUAAGGUGUUACGCACACGGUCUGUUUUAAAUAAA